UUUGACUUUCCGUAGUUGAAGUCAGAACGCUAAUCUCUUUCCGUAGUUGAAGUCAGAACGCUAAUCUCUUUCCGUAGUUGAAGUCAGAACGCUAAUCUCUUUCCGUAGUUGAAGUCAGAACGCUAAUCUCUUUCCGUAGUUGCAGUCAGAACGCUAAUCUCUUUCCGUAGUUGAAGUCAGAACGCUAAUCUCUUUCCGUAGUUGAAGUCAGAACGCUAAUCUCUUUCCGUAGUUGAAGUCAGAACGCUAAUCUCUUUCCGUAGUUGAAGUCAGAACGCUAAUCUCUUUCCGUAGUUGAAGUCAGAACGCUAAUCUCUUUCCGUAGUUGCAGUCAACUAUUUGAUAACAGUUGUUGACCAUCUAGCUUCUGUCAAAGCCUCUUCUAUCUUCUCGAUUGUAAUACGUGGAAAUCUUAAACUAUCUCUACUUGCAAUUAAGACCUCUUUAGUUAACAUGAACUGUAUGGUGUGACAUGAUUAAGGCUUGCAAUAAGUUAAUAACAAGAGACAACAACUAAACUAAACAUGAAACUACGUGUGAGGAUAAACAAGCAGACCAGCCCGGUGAAGCUGGAGGGAGAGGAGCCCACUCUGACAGAGCUCAACGUUCAAAUCAGAGAGAUCCUUCUGCCUUCACAUGGCCUCAGCCCAGACACAGAGUUCACCUUGUCCCUGAAUGGCUCAGAUCUUCUAUCUGACUCUGGUCAGACUUUGUCCUCUUGUGGCAUCGUCACUGGGGACCUGGUCUGUGUCAUCUUGCCUCCAUCUGUGGCUGUGCCCUCCGCCACCUCUGCCCCCUCCGCUGCCCCUGCUCCCUCAGCCCGCCAGGCUGUGCCCUCAGGCUCCCCUGCUUCCUCUGCUGCCUUUGCCUCUUCAGCCCGCCAGUCACCCAGCAACAACAGCAGCAUCAGUAGUAGUAGUCCUGGGCUGUACCAAGCUGUACACCCACCAGCCCAACGCUCCAGUGAGUACCAGAUAGUCACCAUGCUGAUUUGUGUUGUUGAUCCAGGCCAGCACCAGCAAGGGGCGGAGCCUCAACGGGAAGUGGUCAGAGAGGAGGAGGAGCAGGAAGAAGAAGCAGGUCAGUGGGUGUGGGAGCCCAUGCUGUGUGGGGAGGCAGAAGGAGGGAAGGUACCCCAUUCCCUGGAGGUUCUGUACCACCAGGCUCAGAGCAGCAGUACCUGUGAUGCCCUGAUGGUGGCAGUCCACCUCCUGAUGGUGGAGACUGGCUUCCUGUGUCAGGGCUCUGAGGGGCGUCCUGGUGAGAUGCCAGCUGGGUGGAGGGCACCAGGAGGGCUGUACAGACUGCAGUAUGCCCAUCCUCUCUGUGACGACAGCCUGGCCUUGGUCCUAGCUGUCCCCAUGGGACCCGUUCUGGUUAUCAACGGUCAGUCUCACUGUUUCUCAAAGCUGUGUCCCAAAUGGGGUUUAUUACUUCUGACCAGGGACAAACCCUCCACCUAUGUGACUGACCAGUGGACAGGUGACAGUGCAGCGGCCGUCUACACAGAGCUGAGGAAGUUGUCCCGGGUCUUCAAAGACCAGCUGGUGUAUCCUCUGAUAGCUUCAGCCAGAGAAGCCAUGGCCCUGCCAGCAGUGUUUGGCCUGCCAGUCCUUCCUCCAGAGCUGUUACUGAGGGUGCUGAGACUGCUGGAUGUCUCCUCUCUCCUGGCCCUCUCCUCGGUCAACAGACACCUCCACCAGACCACCACAGACCCGGCCCUCUGGAGACACCUCUACCGCAGAGACUUCCGAGGUAGGACAAACGCACACACAAACAAAUCAAAUCAAAUUUAUUUAUA